AUGGAUGAAGUUCAAAGACCAACGGGUAAGAAUUUGUUUAAUAGAGCAAUGCUAUGUCCAUGAUCCCUUUAGUUGAUCAUAGAAUAAUAUAGUAUUAUAUAUUACAACGUGAAAUGCUCUCAAUUUCAACUGUUUCGAAAACUUUAUACAGUAUAUUUACGACGAUUUUGUUGCUUGAUAGGGAAAGCAAACAAGAGUAACAACGGCAAGGCCAAAAAACAGUUAAGCGAACGUCUUGAUAGGGCUUUGGAAGAAGCUGAAAAUCUAUUUUCGACUCCUAAAGCUGGCAAAAUGAGAAAGAAGAGCCACAUUGAAGUCAGAAGAGACAACAAGGGGAAUAGAGUCUACCACUGUCCCAGAAAAGGUAGUAUUUGAUAGUAUACACAUAAUAUCAGUGGCAUAGGACCUGUUUAUAUGAACCCAGCUAUAAACUGGGAAUUAAACUACUCAUCUGAGUAAUAUCUGCAUGCCCAUUGUUUAUAGUUUGUUAAUGCAAUAAAUUCACACUGCAUAAGAACCCACCAGCCCAAAAUUUGGGCAAAUAAGAACCAUUUCAUGCAGGCUGACAAAUGAAUUAACCUGGUUCUUAAAAAACCUUGUUAAACUUUUAGCUGAAUUAGUAAGCAGGUACUAGGAAGAAAACAAAAUACUGUUAUAAUAUAUACAUGUAUAAAUCUUGCCAGCAUAUUAUGUCUUUCAUCGAUCGACAUCAUGCAUUUAUUUUACAGUAUCAAAACUAGUUUCAUUGUAUACAAUAAGAGGUUUACAACUCUAAACCAGGUUAGUUUAUGACUGGAAAUUUAAUUAAGAACCAGUUUUAAAAGAACCACUUCAGCCUGAAGUCAAAAUUCACUGGUUCUUUUAUGUCAUGGGUUUUACUGUAUUAGUUUGAGAAACAAGCCACCAGCGCAGAGCUUGGGUUGGUGAGAUCUCACCUCGCACUACAGUAGGUGGGAUCUCAUUCAAGUCACAUUGUCCCACCUGACUGUGAUGGAGUUUUUUGCUGAUUUUGACCAAUAAUAUGGUAUUGAAGCAGGGUAUUAGUGUUAUAUAUCGCAGCCAAAAAUGGAAAAACAUGGCUAGAUGAAAUGAACGUGGCUUCAUCAUUUAUUUGUAGCCAUGUAGGUUCAUAAAAUAAGGUUAUGCUAAGGAGUCACAGAUUCCUCCUGGGUGAACCCACCCAUCUUGUUUUAAGCCAGCGAACGGCAAAUUUUGCCAGCGCUAAGGAGACAUUUGACAGCCAUUCGCCAGACGUUGUGUGUAAUUCUCCGGUACUUGCGGUCAGACAAUAUACCAAAUAAACAAAGUUUGCAAGCCUUUACCCACCAUUCAAUCACACAGCGCCCUUGAAGUUUCAGCCUUCCAUUCUUUGCAUACUUGCUUUGCUCAUCAGUUAAUAGUAGAGCAAAACGGUAUUGGCCAUACCCAAAUUAUUAUCAGCCAGCACUUCAAACAGAUACCUGAAGGACUGUGAACCAAUUCAAUAUUUCAUGGUCACAUUUAGCAUUUAACGUGGUUAUUCCAUGUGUUGAUCAAAAGCCUAGUAAUGUUCUAACCAUCCACUUACUAUUAAUUUCCUAAUGUACAAACUAGCAUCUUCCUAGUGUCCAAUUUGCUAGUGUUGAAACUGGCAACUUGUCCUCGUAGCUCAGUUGGCACUGCAUUGGACUAGUAUCCCAAAGGUCAUGGCAGGUUGGAUACACAUUCAGAGUAACAUCAGAAACAUCAUAUUCACCUGAGUACAUAACAUGCAUGCACACAAAAAAAUAACAUAGUAUCUGCCAUAUUUUGAAGUCAGUUUGAAUGCUCAGGCCCGAAUUAACCUUACUUAUGUAAGAUGUGACUUGGCCUGUCUGCCAUUUUGGUUGUGUGGCCAAGGUGAAUGGGGGGACAAGGGGCCAACAGGUGAAAACUGCAAUACAGUAGUUCCAUUGUACCACAUAUGUAUUAACUUCACUGUUAAAAUUACCACUUCACUUAUUUUGUGCUGCAUAUACAGUAGUUUGCCACCCAAAACUGAUGGACAAAGCUUGGUUACACAUGUGACAAAGACUAAUUUUGUGUUCAUUGUCUAGUUUAAAUACAUAACAUUAAAGAAUUAUUAUUUUAGUUAGGACAAAUAUUGUUGGGGAAAGUUUUGACAUGGCAGAUGAUGUGAAUUCAUUACUAUCACCCAUAAUUUUCAGCGAGGAACAUGGCGAUGAUGAGAUAAAUUAUGAAGGUAUAUACAGUACAUAAAGUUUACAAAAUGUGUGUUAGUAACUCUACCAAUGACCGUUUAUUUUACUUGUCAAGGGGGAAAUUGCCCGGUGCUAUUAAAGACAGUAAGUUGCCAGAUUAUCUGUCCUCUGACUAUUUCUAUUUUGUUAUUAACCUUUUUAAAUUUUAUGAUUCCAGAACAACUGGCUAGCAUUCUUGAUGAAUGUGAUGAAAUAUACAAUGAUAUGUCUGGAGACGAAGUUGUAUCCAUGUCUCAGUGGCAGACGAGGACCACGUCUAGUAAUUCCAACUGGGAAAACUGGAGAGAUCAGUUUUUCUCGGCUGUACUGCAUUCAUGUGUUAUUCCUGAGGGUGAAGUAAUGUGUGUGGCAUGUGGUAAUCAACCAGCAGUGGUUAAGUGCUCUACAUGCAUUGUUCAAUAUCUAUGUCCUGACUGUGAUGAUGCAACACAUAGUGAAAAGCCUUUGCACGAUCAACAGGAAUGGCUGAAUGGGUUUUUUAAUUAUCUUAAACCUGAACAAAGUGUGUCAAGGGAAAGGGAGAUCAUUAUAAAUGGUACAAUAACAAGGGUGGCCUAUUUUAUUUUAAUCAGUCUACUCAAUUAGAUAAUAAGCUAGAGUCUGGAACAUUGAUGUCCAAUUUCUUUUAUUAAUUAAUUAUUCCAAUUAUUAUGUCGCUCUGCCAAUGUCCCUUUAUUAUUCGCUUUGUCUUAUAGUAGCCAACUUUACAUGUGAUGGAGAGGUACAGUCUACCUAAUAUGUGCAUUGUUAAUAACACACUGUGUGACAGUAAUCUUCAACAUGACAUUGGAACCUCAAUCACAUUUUCAGAUUUUAACUUUUUGUGUUGCAGAACGUUGCUAUCCAUUGAUUUUCAAAACUCAAUGUAAAUCAUGUGGUCAAGAACAAUUACGAAAAUGUGUUUCAGGAGAUAUGGUGAUACUAGUUACCAUGAAAGGUUUGUAUAGUGUUUAGGCCUUAAGCUUUUAAAGCUUAACACAAGACUACUUAUGGCUUGAAAUUUGCAAUAUCCUGAUAUUCACGGGAUAAUUGAUUUGGAUACUGGAUAUCAGGAAUUGAUGUACAUACCCAUUAGAAUAGUUAAAAAUUAUCUCCCCCACAGUAUUGAAAUUUGAAAUUAGCUUCAAUCUAGUGCUGUGCAAACUCCGGUUUUUCAUCUCCGGCUCCGGCUUCGGCCGAAUUACAGCUCUGAGCUCCGGCUCCGGCCACAUCAUAAAAUAUUAAAUAAAUGUUUUACCAUCAGAGAACAUUUAUUAAUAUUAUUACGAAUAACCCUUUUCGUGCUUCCUAAUUAUCAGAUAACAUAACUCAGGAAACAAAACAGUGAAAACACUUAACCACGCAGAAAAUAUCUAUAUGGAAACCAGCCUCGAAAAAUCUUUGACACGAGGCAUGACGCGAGGCAUGACGCUAACACUCUCAGACUCCACAGCACAAUUGUUCGCACGCAAACAAAGUACUCUGUCAUUUUCAAAAGGUUGAUAUUUAUUUGUUUUGUACUUUUUUGUUAUCUACAAGGCAUGAAUAUACAGAUUACAGUAUGUAGCGCUAAGUCAGAUAGCUUCAUGAAAGCAUGACGUUUGUAAGUUGCGAUCGUAUUACAGCUUUUCGACGCUGUUCCUGUGGGCUGUGGCAGUUUGAGUCUAUGAUGAAUUCAUUAACAGCAAUUGGCAGUUCGCAGUAACUAACAAUCGUUUGACAUUUGUCUCAUUUCAUAUUGUUUUCUUGUCAUUUUGCCGGAGCUGGGAAAACGUAACUCCGGCUCCGGGCUCCGGCAUACAAAAUUCGGCUCCGGCAUUGGAAAAACCGCCGGAGCUCCGGCAGAACUCCGGCUCCGGCAACUCCGGCGCACAGCACUACUUCAAUCAUUCAAUCUAACGACUGUAGAAUGUCUGCAUGUUUUCCAAAUAAGGAGUAAGGUUUUUCUGGCUGUGUUCUGUAGAUGCCAAAUUUUAAGUUGCUAUAAUAUCCCAUUGGAUAAUACUGAAAUUUCAAGCCAUGUUUACAUAAUGUCAAAGGGAGAGCUUUGUCCGUUAAUUAAUGAGUUAAUUAAAAAUUAUGUGUGUUGUGUUAUUUUUUGAAAAAUGUGAAAUUUUAUAUUUUUAUAGGUCGAUAUGAUUUGCACUGGUGUUCCCUUGUUUGUGAAGGUUGUGAUUUUGUUCAGCCAAUGUCAGUGACAAACAUUAUAAAUGAAUAAAUGAAGGAUAUUGGCCUGGUUCUCCAUGCCAAGUAAAUUACCUUUUUGAUCAGGAAGUGUUUAGGGUGUGGGAAAACUUUCGAAUGCGGAUGCCUGGAUCAUCAGAAUCUGCAUUUAUUAAAGCCUUGGAGGAUAUUUCGUCAGCUAAAGGCCGGGUAAGACUAAAACAGACUGUAUUCUAUGUGACCAUUAUGGCAUUGUACAUUCUGUACAUGAGUCAUGUAUGUAUAAUUCACAACAUGGUCACAGAAUACUACACAGAAGUCCAUCUCCAUUGCUUUUUGCAUAAGCUUUAUUCGUCAUGAUUUGUCACUCAGCAAGUACUGCAAACAGAAGCAGUCACCCCCCUUGGAUGUGUGCCAUCUUUAGUAUUUUCAGGGGGGCUGCUUCUGUUUACGGUACUCGCUGAGUGACAAAUCAUGCCGAAUAGAGCUUAUGCAAAAAGCAAUGGACAUGGACUUCUGUGUAGUAUUCUGUGACAUGGUAUAACUGUAUUAGUGAGAUUUGUUUCAGUGAGUGUUGUGUAUGGUACAUGAUAUGAAUACAACUUUUGAUUAGCAAUUUAGCAUGUCAGUCAGGAUGCAGUAAGUGAAUGAUAAGCAGUAUACAUGUAGUAUAUUUACUAUUUACAGCAUACAUAUUUCCUUUCAUUGCCAGGCUGGUACAAUUAACAUAUCCACCUUUAGAAAGGCUGCAGCUGAAUGGAGAUACUGUCAAUAUGAGGUAGAUAAGUUGCAGGAAAUAAGAUACAUUGACUGUCCUCCAUGCUCUGUGUCACAACAUUCUGCACAUGUGGAUGGAAAUUAAAAGCUUUAUCGAUUUAGGAGUGUGCCAAGGUAUGCUGACAGAGCAUGAUAAGUACUUUACACAAUUUAAUUUUUCCUACAGGCAAUUUUUCAAAAUGGACAUGUUAAGACACCCCUCUGCUAUGAACAGUUCCCUGUGUACCAGAUGAUAUGUUCUUCUCUUCUAUACUGAUCAUAAACAUGAGCUCUUCUAUCAUGGAAAUCUCUGGAGAAUUGAAGGUCUCUCGUACACAUUGGUUUAUUCAUUUUGUGUCAAUAUUAAAAUUCAGUUCAACUAUAUUUAAAGUAAUCUUCUGUACCAAAAAUCACAAUUCACAUCUCUGUUUUUUACAGUAUGUAUGUAUGUAUGUAAUAGGUUAUUUUAUCACCAUGCAAACAUACAAAGAACGUAUGUAUGUAUGUGUUGCACAAACAAAAUUUAAAACAAUGCUCAUUGUGAAUUAUCACAAUGUCGAUCAUACUGUGAUAAAUUAAUUGUUUCGAAUUUUGUUUUUGCAAAAUGUGGAGAAUCUAGUGCCCAUUCAUACCAGAUUAUAUUAUUCAGCUGCAUGUACAAAUCUAACUGUAAUAUUCCGUAUGUGAAAAUUAGUUUUAAUUGCUGUUAUUGUAGAGGUAAUAGAACAUCUUACUAUGGGGAUCUUUUCAUAAAAAAAACGAAGAUGUGGAUAAGCAGAUUAUUGAAGUAUAUAACACAGGAAAGAAAGAGGUAUAUAUUCCAAAAAUGCAACCAGUAUAUACUGUACUAGUAUACAUGGUCAUGUGCACGGCUAAUCGUGUGAUGCCUGUAAUGUGUUGUUUUUACAAUAAUUGUGCUGCAAAAUAAUCAUAGCACCUGGGCAUCACCAUUUUCUCUUGUUAUUCUUGACUGAGGAAUUUUGCAAAAUUGCAUUGCUUAUAGUAUUUUGCUGUUGUUGAUGUAACUAAGGAUAUAAUUAACAGAAAUAAUUUUUGGAACAUUGUCAGACGGUAACUUUGAUGGUAACUUGUCACUAUGGUAAUGUUACUAUGACAAUUUUAUGUACAAAUGUACAGUAUACAAUAAUUAUGUAGCUGUCUUUGUAAUUUGUUUAAUGUUACUGUACUAUAGGUUGAAAACAAUGCCUGUGGAGAUUCCCACUGGAAAGCAGCUAAGGCCAUCAGUAAAAGCAAGAAAAAGCAAGAAGAAACUGGUAUAG